AUGGAUCUGGAAGUUCAGGAAGCUCUGCUGAAUCUGAAAUCUGACCGUUGUGACGUGGAGGAGUUGUUUGAAGUGGGUGCGGCUGCGUUGGUUAACAGUGGAUCUUUUCAAUCCGUUGAAGGAUUUUUGGCUUGCCAGACUUGCCAAAGCAAUCUGAAGCGAGGAAAAGUUCCGGCUUUCGCAAAAUCGAACGGUUUCGCAUUUCCAGACAAGCCAUCUGGACUGCCACCACUUGAUGUCGUCACGGAACGGUUGGUAUCCCCUCGGUUGCCAUUCAUGCAAAUCCGCCGAUUGCGAUUUGCAGCAGGCAGCUAUUCUAUUAUCGGGCAAGUGAUCAAUUGUCCCGUGGAUGUUGCACAAAUGGUACACUCUCUUCCCCGUCAGCUCGAUGAUGAUCAGGCCUUCAACGUGUUCAUCAAAAAGCACGUAAUCCAUAAGUCAUCGUACUUGUCCGGCUUUAUAAAGAAAACUACGGUUAAAGCGUGGCUUUCUUAUUUGAUUACGACACCACUGUAUCGCCACUACGGGAUCACAAUUGAUCAGAUCGCCAUAGAUGAUCUUGAAACCCCUGCAGUGGAUCCUCAAAUUGAGCUGGAAACCAUUGCCGUGGAUAACGAGACCGAAUUGCUGCUCGGGCAACAGGAAACGCUCCUUUGGAAUGAGGACAAAUGCCUGGAGAUCGCUCCCGCGCAAAACAGGGUUCCUCUGUCAUUGAUUUACGACGAGCACGGUGAAGAGCUAGCUUUUCCUGCCAUAUAUUUCGGCCAUCCACGGAAAUUCAAGCCAGGUGUUCGGGUGACAUAUUUCAUGAUGGCAUCCAGUGAAACUCGUCGCCGAGACAGGCGUGGGGCCAAACCACAACAUUUGUUGUAUAUGGCAAUGAAAGUUCUUCGCCUUAGAGUUUCCGAAGGCUUGCAAUGCACUUUUAAGUGCAUGGGGACCGCGAAUAUUACACGUGCCAACCUUAAGGACCGCGAAUUCAUGGAGCAGUGCAUUGAUCGAAAUCUAUCCUUCCUCAAGUCAAUACCGAAUUCAGUACAGUAUUGGCAACAAAGGAAGAGAGAUUUGUUCGCCAUGAUGCGACAAUUGGGAAAGCCUACGAUGUUCCUCACACUCAGUGCAAAUGAGAUGAAGUGGCCCCAUUUGUUGAAGCUCCUACAUCGAUUGUCAGAGGGACACAAUGGCAAUGACUUAACAGAUCCUAUCCAGGAAUUGACUGCAUUACAAAGAGCAACUCUGGUCAAUGACGAUCCAGUCACGUGCUGUGUGUACUUCAACAAGCUGGUUGACACUAUCAUGCUCCUGCUGAUAUCGCGGCACUACAGUCCAUUCGGAAAGCACUAUGUGGCCGAUUAUUUCAAGCGGAUUGAAUUUCAGCACCGUGGAAGUCCUCACGCGCACAUCUUGCUAUGGCUGAACAAGGAUCCGCGGGAAGCAAUCAGUGAAAAUAUGCCAAAAACCGUACAGUUGAUUAAAGAUCUCUGUUCCGUUAGCGUCAGAGAUUUGCCGAAUACUUACGGGUAUCAAGUCCAUAAGCAUACUUUCACAUGUUUCAAGCGGAACGAAAACCACUGUCGGUUCAAUAUUCCGUACUGGCCGAUGGAUCGGACACUAGUUUUGCUUCCGAUUGCGUCCGAUGAUAGCCGCAGGGAUCGGCUCACCCGGAAAGCCAAGAUAAUGCGAGAGGCUCUGGAAACGAAAACAUAUGAUACAUUGGAAGCAUUUCUUAGCGAUUUCCUGUUCAAGCGAUCCAUGAAUGAACUAUGGACAAACCCAUUCAACCCGUGGAUAGCAAGCCACCUCGGCUCAAACAUGGACUUGCAAUUCAUCCUGGACGAGUACACCUGCGCUGCGUACGUGGUUGAAUACGUAAAUAAGACCAACCGUGGAGUGAGCUGUCUCCAGCGGGAUCUCAUCAAGCUGCAAGAAGAGUUCCCUGAUCAAGACUUCACCGCUCUCUUGAAGAAGGUCAGCAUCAAGAUGCUGAAUUCUGUGGAGAUGUCUGCUCAAGAAGCAUCGUGGUAUUUGUUACGUCAGCCGAUGUCGGAAGCAAGCCGAGCGACGCAGUUCAUUCCAACGAUGUGGCCGCACGAGCGAAUUAAGUCCAGAAAACGAAAUCAGCGAAUGGACGACGAAAGCAUCAGUGACGAUUCGACUGAUGUAUGGACUUUGAAUAUCAUACAGAAGUAUGAAGCUCGUAACGACCUGGAAGAUCUGUGUCUAGCCGAUUUCGCAGCCCUCUACCAGCAGCAACGCAGCAGCAACUCUUACAGGGCUCGGAAAUUUCACCGAGUGUUGCAAUGGUGUAGCUAUGACAUGUCGAAGCUUUCGGACUACAAGCGUGAAAUGGUACUCCUCUUCGUCCCGUUUCGCAAUGAGCUGUGUGAUAUUCUCGACCAAAACAAGUUCCUGCAGCUAUACGAUCAGCACGAACAGGCAAUCCUUGCGAAACGUAAAGAGUACGACUGUGAUCUGAACCUGGAGCAGAUAAUCGAUGAGUACCUGAGGGUAAGCGUUGAGGAAACUCCAGAUGCACAGGAGGCGGUAGCAACAGAAAAGGGUGAUGAAUGUACCAGAGCCAUCGUGAUGGAACCCAACGAUGAUGACAUCCGCUUACUACCCACGAACGCUCGAUCUGCCGUCAUAAAACAGCGGACGACCGUUAUGAGCAAGCAGGAUUACUGUGCUCUGGUUCGCAAAACGAAUGCUGAACAGAGAGCUCUUGUACUGCAAGUAAUCGACAACCUGCAUUGUUUUGAUGACAGCAGAAAACCUCUCCAGUUGUUCUUUACCGGGCCGGCUGGAUGCGGUAAAACGUUUACGCUCCAUGUCCUGAUGGAGACAUAUAAUCGCUUUAGCCAGCAACAUAAUGCACUUAAUAACGCCUAUGUCGCCUGCGCAUCGACAGGAAAGGCUGCCGUGGCUAUCGGGGGAACAACUGUCCAUUCGGCGUUCCACAUAACCAUGGAUCGAAGACACCAUGGGCAACUCCGGUUCGAACUCCUGCAGCUGUAUCGACAAUCGUUUGCCAACAUCAAGCUAAUAAUAAUCGAUGAAAUUAGCAUGAUCGGAGCAAACAUUUUCAAUACAAUCCACACGCGGCUUCAAAGCAUCACCGGUGAUUACGAUCUUCCGUUCGGCGGAAAAGACGUAAUCAUGUGUGGCGAUUUCCGACAGCUUCCUCCGGUGAAUGCGAGACCCACUUUUAAGUCCGCGAACAACUCCAUCGGUGGUGUAGCACUAUGGCAAACGCUGGAUUACUUCCCUUUGCGCCAAGUGAUGCGACAAACCGAUGUUGAGUUUUCCUCCAUUCUAACAAAGAUCGGAAAUGGUGAGCGGUUGUCGGAUUGUGAGACCAAGCUGGUAGAAAGCAGGUUCCGGACAGUCGAAUGGUGCAUGGAGAAUGUUCCGAACGCAAUACGAUUAUACCAUCGCAAUAACGCUGUUGAAGCGUAUAAUCAUGGUGCCUUGAGCAACCGUGAUGGAUGGGAUUGCACUGCCGAGGAUGUAAUCAGCGGAUACCAAGACGCUGCUCAGCUAACCAGUGCUCGUACCAAACUACACAAAAUGAGUGUCGCUGAAACAGGUUGUCUUCCAUACCUUCUACGAUUGGUUGUUGGAAUGUCAUACAUGAUAACGACCAAUGUAGAAGUAGAGGACGGUCUCGUCAAUGGAGCAAUCGGCGAACUCAGGUACAUUGAGCACACCGAUGAUGGCCCCCAGCAGUCUGCGUGUCGCUUGUGGUUCAAAUUUGAUAACGACGCUGUUGGUGCGAAACUUCGGGUGAAAUCCAGGCCGCUUGUAUUUUCAAAACCUGGCGUACUGCAACAAGACUGGACACCGAUCUACAAGCGAUCGGUCAACGUCAAGCUAAGCAGUGUAAUCAAAUGCAAGCGAAUACAAUUUCCCAUCGUUAGUGCCUGUGCGUUGACAAUUCACAAGUCACAAGGAGCUACUUUCGCGGAAAUUGUUAUCGAUUAUGACAAGAGCCAGGAGCAGCAGUUGGUAUACGUCGCCAUGUCACGUGUGAGUUCAGUGCAGGGGCUCUACAUGACAAACUCCGCCAAUUCAUUCGUGUUUCAUCACGGUAAGGGCAGCAACACCCCCAAGAUGAAGGAACUCCGUGACGAGAUGCAACGGUUAGAAAACCACAAAUUGUUGACGCUCAGUGACGAGUUGAUCGCGUUCUUCGAUAACGCUGAUCACUCUGUUAUACUGAUGACCCUGAACAUCCAGAGCCUGAAUGCGCAUUCCAAGGACCUGUCGACUGACCAUGUCAUGACCAGAGCCGAUUUCUUGGCGCUGAGUGAGACUUGGAUGGACGACAAUGAGUCUUCGGAAAUAUCAGGUUACAUAUGCAUAGCGAAAUUCAAGCGAGAAAAUGUGAGGGCAGGAGGCGUGGCCAUUUACGAGAAGGCAUCAAUUUCACCAGUAUCAACGUCGCACACGAUUGUUCAGCUGGGUGAACGACAUGAUCCCAUUUUCGUUGAAGCCGCAAACUAUGGAGAUAUUUGCGCUGCGGAAAUUCAAGUUGAUGGGUGCAAAAUGGUACUAUUCAGCAUGUACGUUUCACCGAACACACCGAUCAAGCUCGCCAAAGCGUUCAUGACUAGAAGCCUGACCCUCUACAAACAUUUUCCAACUCCAAUCAUUGUAGCUGGGGACUUCAAUAUCGACGUCUCUAAGGCGGAGAACAUCGAAUUCAUCGAGUUCAUGGCAAACCUGUUGGAUUUGAACUUGGUCUCGGAUUCCCAGCAAUCAACCACGUUGAAGGGCUCGUGUAUAGAUAUGGUGUUUGCAAGGGAUACUGCUCCACUUGCAACGAAAAGAUACAUCACGUACUUUUCGUACCAUCGGCCGUUGUUCACAUUGUUGUCUGCUGCAAAUUAG